AUGCCACCCACCAAGAAGGAUAGUGCGACGCAGCAGAAGCGAGUCAUCCAGACGUCAGUGUACGCUCAUCGGUUCGCACUAUUUGAAGCCGCCCACGGCGUCUCAUCCCUCCUUGACCACGUUCGUGCCGACAUUCAAUCGACACUAACCGAUUUCCCCACCCCUCGUCUGCCGACACAACCACCCUUUCCAGACGACUGGGCAUUGGAUCCUCGCACUCUCCGGCGAGAAAUCGUUAAAUUCGUCUAUCUGCACUCGAAAAUUGCAGAUUAUAUCUCACAGCCCAGCCAUCACGAUCAGACGCCGCUCCGUCCGGGUCAAAAUCCUAAGCUCGUGUUCGACAACGCACCCUUACUAACUCCUUUUCCGCCUUCCCUAGAACCGGAAUCGGAACGCGGACUCGCUUCCUCGCCCGUCCGCGGCCCUCAACGGAGGACACCUUCCCCCAUCAUGCUAGAAAUUACGAUGUCAGAGCAGCAGCUCGAGCAAAUCAUCGCCCGAGCAGUGCAUACGGCCCUAGCGAAUCAUGCACCAAUUCCAGGUCCACAGGGGCCACCGGGGCCAAGCGGCCUUAACGCCGCGGCCGCCUCACACUGGAAAGCAGAGGAGAUCGGCUAUUUUGUACCUGAUCCCACAUCAACAAUCCAUAUCAAGACGAUCCGCGGAAUUACUCAUUACGUCAAUGUUUUCGCUUUUCUAACCCAGCUCCGCGCUAUGGUUCCACUCAAAUCAGAGGAGACAGUUCGAGCGAACCUGCCCUCGUGCCUUCGCGAACAAGCAGCGGAGUGGUAUAAUACCGAGCUAUCGUCAGACCAGCGCUUCACUCUAAAUAUGACGCCACUCGAAGAGGGCUGGUACGCCAUCCUAGAAAAGUCAUUCAAGAUGCGUCCCGUCACAGCGCAAGCUCGCCUUAUGGCGCCUGAGUCGCAAUUCGGCUGGAACGAGCUUAGAUCCGGCAAGUCGCCCGUCCAGUGGGCGCGCACCCUGAUGCGCGAUGCGCAAGCUGCAGACUUCAACACAACCGUAUCGCAGCUUCGAAUGGUCUGGAUGCGUCUCGACCCUAACCUUCAACGAGAUCUUGAACCCCCGAAUGACACCACCACAGUCGCUGAGUUCAUGGAUAGGCUUGAGUUGCGUGGCGAACAAUGGGCAGCAAUGGCCGAAUCACGAGCGUGA